AUGAAUUCAGUUCUUGGGAUAAUUGCUAGUAAUCACGUAUCGAAUCUCGGAAUCGCUUUCAGCUUCCCAAUGGCACUACUCGCAACUAGUUCAUCUAUGUUUGUCGGAGGUUUGUUUUUGGUAAAAGUUCCUCGUGACGAUGAAGAAUUGAUUGUUUUUACUGAGGGAUUUGAUCAGGUUCCCGAAAAUCUAUCGGGUCCAAGGUUUUCGAAUGAUGUAAGAACAAAUCAAAUAGAGGAAGCACCUUUGAUACCUAAAAAACGUCCUCCGAAGGAGCCUGAUGUUGGCGGUUGGGGGUUAUUUAAGGAUAGAGAUGCACUCCUCUUUAUCAUCACCAUGGCUCUACUUGCCGGAACGGCAUUGAUGUAUAUCAACAACGUUGGAGAUGUCAUCAAACAUUUAUAUUACAAUUCUCAUAGUCCAGACUCAAAUGCUCCGGGUGAUUUAUUGGGGGAAGAAUAUCAGAGUAGAAUGAAGCAAGAAAUACAAGAACUACAAAAUCUGCACACUGUCCAGGAUAGUCACAAAAAUGAGUAA